GGACGGCGCGAGAAAGAGAUGGCCUGUGGUCGAAUGCUGUCCUGCUCUGCUCGAGAAAAAGGCCUGUCAAAACGCCGUUGACAGCUGGAUUUUGUGAUUUUCGUUCUCGAGUUGAAGAAAUCGAAAACAAGCCAUCGUCAGAAUGUCGGACCCGGUCGCCCGUCCCAUGAAAUUCCCGUACACCUUCUCGGCGAAGCUGGCCCAGUUCCCGGUUCAGCACUACUUUAAGAACCAGUGGAUUUGGCGCUACUACUUCAUCGCGUUCGGAGUGUCCAUUCCGCUGUUCUACAAGAUCCACAAGCUGGCCAACUCCCCGGCAAACCAGGCGAAGUGGGCCGAAUCGAAGCGAAAGGAGCAUGAGGCGCACCACUAAGAGGGCCCGGCAAAAUAGCAUUCUAUCAAUUAUCGGAUGAAUUACUCCUUAUCUUCGUUUGAAAAAUACUCCUCGCGAAGGCCCCCGGCUGGUCGCAGCUGGCUGCUGCACGGAACUAGAGUGGACAACAUCGAUAUUCCGCUGAAGAGGUUUUGAUCGGACAAAAACCCCUUGGCAUAGUACGUUAUUGCAGCUCAAUCAUUCUGUUCUCAGAGAAUACUGGAUGAUGGAAAAUGCCAGAGACCGUCUCGUUAGCCGCGUGUACCGUGUUUGGAAAAUGAAGAAAUUGUGAUUCGUUCCAUAGCA